UGAAGCAGAUCCGGCUGCCCGUUGCUGUGUGUGUGUGUGUGUGUGUGUGUGUGUCAGCUGUUGAGGUCAGAUUGUGUGAGGAGGCGGGAUGAGGCUCAGUGUGUGUGUGAUCGCAGCCUGAUUAACACACACGGUCCUCAGCCUCCUCUUGAACACACACACACACUCCGUGACUUUUCGGCUCUCCAUCAUGGACCUGGACCCCGCCGUCAUCAUCCCCGCCAUCCUCUUCACCGUCGUUGCCAUUUAUUUCGCUACGUCGCUCCUCAGCAGGAAGCCCGACGCCUCCUCCUCGUCUGCCGGGAGCAAGAAGUCCAAACUCGGGUACAGAGACGACCUUCCUCCGCAAGGAGCUCUGGAAGAAGAGCCCGAAGCCUCCCUGCGACCAGAGCCCCCAGCUCCGGCUGUGGAGGACAUAGGAGCCGCCGAGAAGAUCCAGGCUGUCCCAGAACCACAACAUGUCCCUGAACCAGUGAAGAUACCAGAAGCUGAGCCAGAAGCAGCAGAAGAUCCAGAGGACAGAGAAGCAGUCACAGCACCAGAACCUGUGGCACAACCAAAAAAAGUGCCAGAGACAAGAGCAGAACGACCACCGGCGCCAGAAGCAGUCCCUGAACCAACAAAAGAGCCAAAGUCUGUUCCAGAACCAGUCACAGUAUCAGAACUUGUCUCUGAAGCUGUGUCAGGCCCAGAACCUGUUCUUGAACCAGAUGAAGCACAAGAAGCAGCACCAGUGUCUGAACCCAUACCAGGCUUGGUAUCAGGCCCAGAACAAGCUGCAGAACCUACCCCAGAGUCCAAACCUGUAGCAGAGCCCUUAUCAGAACCAGCCAGGUCCCCUGAACUCAUAUCUGAACCCAAAACUGUCCCAGAACCUGUUACUGAUCCAGAGCCUGUGCUCGUGUCUGAAGUGGCAGCCCAGAAGCCCGCGACUGAACCUGAAGAACUGCUUGAGCAGAUGCCCGGACCCAAUGAAGGUCUGACAGAACCAUCGCGUGAGCGGGAACCCGAACCAGAGACCGUCCUGGAUGACGAUGUGGCUGCAGCUGCUGAUGUGCUGAACUUCACCCCGGGAAUGAAACAGAGUAAGGUGGCGGUGCUGAUGACCCAGGAGGACAUGGAGGAGGAGCAGAGGAUAGAGCUCACGUCUGAUUUUACCUCUCUGUAAUCAGCCUCAGCAGACUCGUGCUAGUGUGCUAGGAAGGAGAUGCUGAUCCGUGAGGAUGAGGAGCGCUGAAGAGAUGGAGAUCAGACCCUGCAGAAAGUCCUGCCUGCUUUCUUCUCUUGUUGUUGAGUUUUGAGGUUUGAGCUGCUUGUGAAAAGUAAACAUCUUCACACCAAAGUGCCUUCAGGAGUUUCUUUACUGUCUGCUUUUCGUGUCCAGCCUUUCUGAAGCAAACAAAUUAAUUAUGUGAGUGAAUGUUAAUGAAGUUAACCUCAGUAUAACCUAGUUCUCACUGCUGGUUUCAAAUGAAAAAAGACAAUUAGACGACAAGCUGCAAUAAAACGUUCCUGCUAGCUUCAGUGUUCAGUUGUGAUUUUAAAUGUUAACCAUGAAAUAAAAGUGUGAAACAUGUUGUUGAUUCUUUCUGAUCUUUGUUUUGUAAAUUCUGGAUUAUUAAAAAUACUUUUGCCCAUU